CAACAAACCCCAACUUUGGCGGCCCAGCAAAGAUCUCGCCGAGCCCAUCGCGCUGCCACCACCAGCCACAUGCAUACCAUGAUGCUGCGCUGCGUCGAGCUCCUCAAGCGCGUGACCGCGUCGUCCUCGGCGAAGCGCGGCAAGCAAGAAGUCUCCACGUCCAUCAGCGGCGCCUCUACCGGCUCGGAGACGCCCGACGUCGAUGAGAAGCCCUCCAACAACACCGACGCGCCGCUUGCGAUCAAGUUUUCGCGCACCGAUACCAUGAGCUGCGACCUCGACGCGCUUCCAGAGCUGUGUCUUGUGAGCCCGGCGACGAUCGCGUUUGAGCACGUGCAAUUGAAGGACCUCGAACUCCUUGGCAUCCUUGGCAUUGGCACGUACGGCGUCGUUAAGCUCGCGCGCCACCGGCCAAGCGGCCGCGCCGUCGCGCUCAAGGUCAUCUCGAAAGAGUACAUUGUGAGUAUGCGCCAGGAAAAGCACAUUGUUCGCGAGCGCUUUGUCCACAUGCGCCUUCGCCACCCAUUCGUCACGACCUUGUACCAGACGCUCCAGGACGACAACUGCCUCUACUUGGUGCUCGAGUACCUUCCGGGUGGCGAGCUCUACACGGUCGUCCACUCGGAAACCAAGUCGCCGAUCAAGCUGCCCCAAGGCGGGCUCCCCAUGGCCGCUGUCCGCUUCUACGCGGCGUGCAUUGUCUUGGCCCUCGAGUACCUCCACGCCCAAGGCACCAUCUACCGCGACCUCAAACUCGAAAACCUCGUGCUCGACGCUUUAGGGUACCCCAAGGUGCUGGACUUUGGCUUUGCCAAGCCCGAUGGCGUCGCCACGCGGAAUGGCACGAUGUGCGGGUCACUCGACUACAUGGCGCCAGAGAUCGUGUCCCGCAACCAGCACGACCAGCGCGCCGACGUCUGGUCGUUUGGCAUUCUGCUCUACGAGCUGUGCAUUGGGUCGACGCCAUUUUCGCACCCCAACACGCGCGAGCAAAUGCGCUGCAUCAACGAGGAACCCGUGUCGUUCCCGAAUGGCUUUGAAGAAGAGCACCCGGACGUGUGCAGCCUCAUUAACCGGUGCCUCGAGAAGGCGCCGUCGACGCGUGUGAGCAGCAUGCGGGCGAUCAAGGCCCACCGCUUCUUCGCAGGCACGUUGUGGCACAAGCUGCUGGCGCACGAAGUCGACGUGCCCUUUGUGCCCGAGCUUCACGGUGCGUUUGACACGUCACGCUUUGAUUUCGCACCCGAGGACCCGGACGAGUACGUGGAGCCAUACGAGAGCGACGGCGACGACUGGGCCAAGGACUUUUAGGUCCCCAAUUAUUAUCUAUUAUAGUUAUUGUAUUAGUUAAGUGA